UACAGAUACACAAACACACACACAUAUACACACAUGAGCCCAUUUGAAUUGCAAGUGAGCUCCGUUCACUACCGGAGGAGGAGGAGGAGGAGGAGGUAAACAGUGGUAACAAGAGAAAAGAACAGAAGGAGAGGGGAAAGGCAAGAAGAGAAAAAGAAGGGGACCGGAUGACAUUCACACAGUCUUUAGCAGGACGAGCCUCCACGUGUGAAGGACUUAGAAAGAGGAAGAGUGAGGAGAGCGCCUGGGGGGAAGGAAGAGCACAGAGGUGCUGGGACAGCCCUGAAGGGACACCUGAGCCCUCAAAGAAACACCUCCUGAAGUAUCAGAGAGUGAGCAGCACCCCACGGGAGACGGAGUCAGAGGAGCACCCGACAACAACCUGCUGUCGCUCCUCCUCCCCUCCUCCUCCCCCUCCUCCUCCUCCAUCCUCGCUCCCUCUCUCACUUGAUCCCAUCCCUCACUCCCUGUGCAGGAGUGGUAGAGCGUGCAUGAAGAGAAGAGUUUGAGAGAGAUCCAAGACGUGGUGACCGAGGGAAAGUCGAAACAGAAACAGACACAGGGAGAAAGGACCAGAGAUGGCGCUCACAUCACUGUCCUGGUGUCUCAGUGCAGCUCUGGUGCUGUUUUGGCCCCAGACGCACUCGGCCCUGGCCCCCGAGAACGAGGUACCGCUUCGUCCAACCACAUGGUUACCAGAAGGAAAGAUCACAGCGAUUACUCUGCCCAAGGGACGGACCCGCAGGCUCUACUUCACGCUGAAGAAGAAAACUCCGGGGAUGUCGGUGACCGUCAGCCCAUGUGACCUCCCCAUCGAGUGGAGCCUGGCAGCUCGCACGCUGAAGGACAAACCCCUCAAGAGCCUUCAGUGGAGCACUAAAAAGAGUGUGCCUGAGGUUUGGUGGCGAGGUCCUGGGACUGAAGAGAAACUGCACAGCUUCACAGGCACCACGGUGGACACCUACAAGGGUCCUUCCAACCCACACACUUCUGUCUACAUCCUUCGGCUUCGUUCCAAACAGAAGAACAGCAGAGCUACAGUGUUCCUCCAUGAAGGCCUGGGACCUUCAGGCGCCUACCCUCUGCUCCCUGCUGACCCUCGAGUUCACACGUUGGGUGUCGGCAUGACCAGCGUCACCCUCAGCUGGGCGCCCAGUGACUCCAUCACCAGCCUCCCACCCACACAGAAAAAUUACAAAUACUGUGUCCUCGCCAACUCUCAGCAAAACUACCCAAGCCUUUGUGCGGCACAGCAGAGCGUGAGGAAAGAGAAGGAUCAGCAGGAGGUGAAGAAGGAGAGGAGGAGGAGGGUGACAGCGUGGCCCAUUUUGAAGGAGUGGUGGUGGCAGCAGUGGGACUCGGAAUCCCAGAGCACGCCGCCCUCCCUCGCUGAUGAGUUUGCUGAUCUCCAGUGUGUGUGUCAGGGGACAGAGAGUGUCUGCACCGUCUCCGACCUCCUCCCUGAAAAACAGUAUCACUUUGACGUCUUUGUGAUCGACAGGCUGAACAGGACCAGCGCAGCCUACAAGGGGACGUUCGCUCGAACGCAUGAGGAGGCUCGGCCAACGAUCACCACCCUGAGAGACGGGGAGCUGAGGUGGGUGACUUUUCAAGACCGAGGCUCCCGCUCUGAGCAGUUCUUCAGUUUCCGACCGAGGGGUUUACAGCAGAGUGGGCUCCUCACUCUGCAGAGCUGCAGCAAAGGCGACAAGGUCAAGGUCACAGUUUCAAGUAAAGGUCAGGUAUUAACCCAAAAGGCUGUGAGAGGAGAGUUGGAGCACAUUUGGCUGCAGGGAAGUCCUUUUCUCAUCCACUUGGAAAGAGAGGGAACGACAACAGACGCAGCUCUACCUGGAGGUCUGACGGCUUCGGUUAAAAUGCAGACCUCAUCAGCCUACCACCGCCGAGGGGUCCCGUCUCUGCCCUCCACCCUGCAGAUGAAAUCCUUCAACAGGUUACGGGGCUGCAACACUGUCACUCUGGCCUGGAUGGGCACAGAGGAAAGAAGCCUGUACUGCGUGUACCGUAGAAAGCUGGGAAACAGUGAAGCAGAGACUGGGGCUAUGACUGCACCCUGUCUGGGGCCAGAGUCCCGCUCUGACACCGAGAGAGUUCUCUGCAAGUAUUUCCAGGAGCUGAAUCCUCGGAGGGCCGUCACUACAGCUGUGAUCGGGGGCCUGGAGCCAGGGAUGGCCUACGUGUUUGAUGUCUAUCUAAUGAGACGCUGGGGGAUCCCUAUCAAGUACGCCAGCAAGAUAGUGAAGACCAGAAAGGAGUGCUGAGCUGCCGCCCCCUACAGGAGGUUUUUAGACUGUCCCACUUAAAAGGGGAAAAGCGUCGGCCAUGGACAUGCUGUAAAGAUUGACCAUGAGAAUGAAGCCGUUUGACUGUUGUGGGGAGACUGUUACCAUAACAAGGAAAUAUUCCUCUGGAGGAGCAAUGGUGAGAGACAAACUCCACUUGUACUAGUGGAUGGAAAGCAUAUGAGAUGGAUUUGCACACCAGCAAAAGUUCAUAACAUUUAAAAUACAACUCUUGUGCUUUUGUCAUUUUGUUUUGCAUUGUUGAUCAUGGUAAUGAUGUGCCAGUUGUCCAAGUGCUUAUUCUGAGUAUGAGUACAAAGGACAGACAAGGUUUUUGAUGACAGAGAGUCCACACAAAAACAACAACAGAGACUGUGCCAAAAUAUGCAACAGAAACAGAUGGGGCAAUAAUUGGAUAACAUCUGAGACGGGGGGGGGGUUGCAGUGUAUAUCUCCAGUGCUGCAUAUUGUACAGGCUUAUAAACACAGAUGGGUGAAAUCUACAGAAGCUUAGCUCAAAGUCAGUGUGUAUCUUUGUGUUCUGCUUUCGCAUGAAGCAGUGAAAAAUGCUUAGUGACUUGCCUCAUUGUCUUUGAUGUAUUCUUGUGCUGCUUCAAACUCACCAAUAAAUACUGGGGUAUCUGUGG